AUGCAUCGAACGCGUUCCCACGCGCCCCAAAUGCAACUAACCCAGGAUUUCAAGAAGAAGAAGAAGAGGCAAAGUAGCCCGGAGAGAAAGGCUGCAGAGGAUCCCAAGAAGAAGAAGAAGCAAAGAUACAACAGCCCGGAGAGAAAGGCUGCAGAGGAUCCCAAGAAGAAGAAGAAGAAACAAAGGCAAAGUGGCCCGGAGAGAAAGGCUGCAGAGGAUCCCAAGAAGAAGAAGAAGCAAAGACAAAGUAGCCCGGAGAGAAAGGUUGCAGAGGAUCCCAAGAAGAAGAAGCAAAGUAGCCCGGAGAGAAAGGCUGCAGAGGAUCCCAAGAAGAAGAAGAAGCAAAGGCAAAGUAGCCCGGAGAGAAAGACUGCAGAGAAUCCCAAGAAGAAGAAGCAAAGGCAAAGUAGCCCGGAGAGAAAGGUUGCAGAGGAUCCCAAGAAGAAGAUGCAAAGGCAAAAUAGUCCGGAGAGAAAGGCUGCAGAGGAUCCCAAGAAGAAGAAGAAGCAAAGGCAAAAUAGCCCGGAGAGAAAGGCUGCAGAGGCUGCAGAGGAUCCCAAGAAGAAGAAGAAGCAAAGGCAAAGUAGCCAGGAGAGAAAGACUUUAGAGGAUCCCAAGAAGAAGAAGGAAGCAAAGGAGAGAAAGGCUGCAGAGGAUCCCAAGAAGAAGAAGCAAAGGCAAAGUAGCCCGGAGAGAAAGGCUGCAGAGGAUCCCAAGAAGAAGAAGAAGCAAAGGCAAAGUAGUCUGGAGAGAAAGGCUGCAGAGGAUCCCAAGAAGAAGAAGAAGAAGCAAAGGCAAAGUAGCCCGGAGGGAAAGGCUGCAGAGGAUCCCAAGAAGAAGAAGAAGAAGCAAAGGCAAAAGAGCUCGCAGAGAAAGGCUGCAGAGGAUCCCAAGAAGAAGAAGAAGAAAGGCAAAGUAGCUGCAGAGGAUCCCAAGAAGAAGAAGAAGCAAAGGCAAAGUAGCCCGGAGAGAAAGGCUGCAGAGGAUCCCAAGAAGAAGAAGAAGCAAAGGCAAAGUAGCCCGGAGAGAAAGGCUGCAAAGGAUCCCAAAAAGAAGAAGCAAAGGCAAAAUAGCCCGGAGAGAAAGGCUGCAGAAGAUCCCAAGAAGAAGAAGAAGCAAAGGCAAAAUAGCCCAGAGAGAAAGGCUGCAGAGGUUGCAGAGGAUCCCAAGAAGAAGAAGAAGCAAAGUAGCCCCGAGAGAAAGGCCGUAGAGGAUCCCAAGAAGAAGAAGAAGCAAAGGCUAUAUAGCCCGGAGAGAAAGGUUGCAGAGGAUCCCAAGAAGAAGAAGAAGCAAAGGCAAAGUGGCCCGGAGAGAAAAGCUGUAGAGGAUCCCAAGAAGAAGCAGCAAAGGCAAAGUAGCCCGGAGAGAAAGACUGCAGAGGAACACAAGAAGAAGAAGCAAAGGCAAAAUAGCCCGGAGGGAAAGGCUGCAGAGGAUCCCAAGAAGAAGAAGAAGAAGCAAAGGCAAAAGAGCUCGCAGAGAAAGGCUGCAGAGGAUCCCAAGAAGAAGAAGAAGCAAAGCCAAAAAAGACCCAAGAAGAAGAAGCAAAGGCAAAGUAGUCCGGAGAGAAAGGCUGCAGAGGAUCCCAAGAAGAAGAAGCAAAGGCAAAGUAGCCCGGAGAGAAAAGCUGCAGAGGAUCCCAAGAAGAAGAAGAAGCAAAGGCAACGUAGCCCGGAGAGAAAGGCUGCAGAGGAUCCCAAAAAGAAGAAGAAGCAAAGGCAAAGUAGCCCGGAGAGAAAGGCUAUAAAGGACCCCAGGAAGAAGAAGCAAAGGCAAAGUAGUCCGGAGAGAAAGGCUAUAGAGGAUCCCAAGAAGAAGAAGAAGAAGCAAAGGCAAAGAAGUCCGGAGAGAAAGCCUGUAGAGGAUCCCAAGAAGAAGAAGCAAAGGCAAAGUAGCCCGGAGAGAAAGGCUGCAGAGGAUCCCAAGAAGAAGAAGCAAAGGCAAAAUAGCCCGGAGAGAAAGGCUGCAGAAGAUCGCAAGAAGAAGAAGAAGCAAAGGCAAAGUAGCCCGGAGAGAAAGGCUGCAGAGGAUCCCAAGAAGAAGAAGAAGCAAAGGCAAAGUAGCCCGGAGAGAAAGACUGCAGAGGAUCCCAAGAAGAAGAAGAAACAAAGGCAAAGUAUUGGUAGCCCGGAGAGAAAGGCUGUAGAGGAUCCCAAGAAGAAUAAGAAGCAAAGGCAAAGGAGUCCGGAGAGAAAAGCUGCAGAGGAUCCCAAGAAGAAGAAGCAAAGGCAAAAUAGCCCGGAGAGAAAGGCUGCAGAAGAUCCCAAGAAGAAGAAGAAGCAAAACCAAAAAAUUGGUAGCCCGGAGAGAAAAGCUGCAUUGGAUCCCGAGAAGAAGAAGAAGCAAAGGCAAAGUAGCCCGGAGAGAAAGGCUGCAGAGGAUCCCAAGAAGAAGAAGCCAAGGCAAAGUAGCCCGGAGAGAAAGGCUGCAGAGGAUCCCAAGAAGAAGAAGCAAAGGCAAAGUAGCCCUGCAGAGGAUCCCAAGAAGAAGAAGCAAAGGCAAAGUAGCCCGGAGAGUAAGGCUAUAGAGGAUCCCAAGAAGAAGAAGAAGCAAAGGCAAAAUAGCCCGGAGAGAAAGGCUGCAGAGGUUGCAGAGGAUCCCAAGAAGAAGAAGCAAAGGCAAAGCAGCCCGGAGAGAAAGGCUGCAGAGGAUCCCAAGAAGAAGAAGAAGAAGCAAAGGCAAAGUAGCCCGGAGAGAAAGACUGCAGAGGAUCACAAGAAGAAGAAGCAAAGGCAAAGGCAAAGUAGCCCGGAGAGAAAGGCUGCAGAGGAUCCCAAGAAGAAGAAGAAUAAGCAAAGGCAAAGUAGAAAGGCUGCAGAGGAUCCCAAAAAGAAGAAGCAAAGGCAAAGUAGCCCGGAGAGAAAGGCUAUAAAGGACCCCAGGAAGAAGAAGCAAAGGCAAAGUAGUCCGGAGAGAAAGGCUAUAGAGGAUCCCAAGAAGAAGAAGAAGCAAAGGCAAAGAAGUCCGGAGAGAAAGCCUGUAGAGGAUCCCAAGAAGAAGAAGCAAAGGCAAAGUAGCCCGGAGAGAAAGCCUGCAGAAGAUCCCAAGAAGAAGAAGCAAAGGCAAAGUAGCGAGGAGAGAAAGGCUGCAGAGGAUUCCAAGAAGAAGAAGCCAAGGCAAAGUAGCCCGGAGAGAAAGGCUACAGAGGAUUUCAAGAAGAAGAAGAAAAGGCAAAGUAGCCCGGAGAGAAAGGCUGCAGAGGAUCCCAAGAAGAAGAAGAAGCAAAGGCAAAGUAGCCCGGAGAGAAAGGCUGCAAAGGAUCCCAAAAAGAAGAAGCAAAGGCAAAGUAGUCCGGAGAGAAAGGCUGCAGAAGAUCCCAAGAAGAAGAAGCAAAGGCAAAAUAGCCCAGAGAGAAAGGCUGCAGAGGCCGUAGAGGAUCCCAAGAAGAAGAAGAAGAAGCAAAGGCUAUAUAGCCCGGAGAGAAAGGUUGCAGAGGAUCCCAAGAAGAAGAAGAAGCAAAGGCAAAGUGGCCCGGAGAGAAAAGCUGUAGAGGAUCCCAAGAAGAAGCAGCAAAGGCAAAGUAGCCCGGAGAGAAAGACUGCAGAGGAUCCCAAGAAGAAGAAGCAAAGGCAAAGCAGCCCGGAGAGAAAGGCUGCAGAGGAUCCCAAGAAGAAGAAGAAGCAAAGGCAAAAGAGCUCGCAGAGAAAGGCUGCAGAGGAUCCCAAGAAGAAGAAGAAGAAGAAGCAAAGCCAAAAAAGUCCGGAUCCCAAGAAGAAGAAGCAAAGGCAAAGUAGUCCGGAGAGAAAGGCUGCAGAGGAUCCCAAGAAGAAGAAGCAAAGGCAAAGUAGCCCGGAGAGAAAAGCUGCAGAGGAUCCCAAGAAGAAGAAGCAAAGGCAACGUAGCCCGGAGAGAAAGGCUGCAGAGGCUAUAGAGGAUCCCAAGAAGAAGAAGAAGAAGCAAAGGCAAAGAAGUCCGGAGAGAAAGCCUGUAGAGGAUCCCAAGAAGAAGAAGCAAAGGCAAAGUAGCCCGGAGAGAAAGGCUGCAGAAGAUCCCAAGAAGAAGAAGCAAAGGCAAAGUAGCGAGGAGAGAAAGGCUGCAGAGGAUUCCAAGAAGAAGAAGCAAAGGCAAAAUAGCCCGGAGAGAAAGGCUGCAGAAGAUCGCAAGAAGAAGAAGAAGAAGCAAAGGCAAAGUAGCCCGGAGAGAAAGGCUGCAGAGGAUCCCAAGAAGAAGAAGAAGCAAAGGCAAAGUAGCCCGGAGAGAAAGACUGCAGAGGAUCCCAAGAAGAAGAAGAAGCAAAGGCAAAGUAUUGGUAGCCCGGAGAGAAAGGCUGCAGAGGAUCCCAAGAAGAAUAAGAAGCAAAGGCAAAGGAGUCCAGAGAGAAAAGCUGCAGAGGAUCCCAAGAAGAAGAAGCAAAGGCAAAAUAUCCCGGAGAGAAAGGAGAGAAAGGAUCGCAAGAAGAAGAAGAAGCCAAGGCAAAGUAGCCCGGAGAGAAAGGCUGCAGAGGAUCCCAAGAAGAAGAUGAAGCAAAGGCAAAGUAGCCCUGCAGAGGAUCCCAAGAAGAAGAAGAAGCAAAGGCAAAACAGCCCGGAGAGUAAGGCUAUAGAGGAUCACAAGAAGAAGAAGCAAAGGCAACCUAGCCCGGAGAGAAAGGCUGCAGAGGAUCCCAAGAAGAAGAAGAGGCAAAGGCAAAGUAGUCCGGAGAGAAAGGCUGAAGAGCAUCCCAAGAAGAAGAAGAAGAAGAAGCAAAGGCAAAGCAGCUCGGAGAGAAAGGUUGCAGAGGAUUCCAAGAAGAAGAAGAAGAAGAAGAAGAAGAAGACGAAGCAAAGGCAAAAGAGUCCGGAGAGAAAGGAUCCCAAGAAGAAGAAGAAGCAAAGGCAAAGUAGAAAGGUUGCAGAGGAUCCCAAGAAGAAGAAGAAGCAAAGACAAAGUAGCCCGGAAAGAACGGCUGCAGAGGAUUCCAAGAAGAAGAAGAAGCAAAGGCAAACUAGCCCGGAGAGAAACGCUGCGGAGGAUCCCAAGAAGAAGAAGAAGCAAAGGCAAAGUAGAAAGGUUGCAGAGGAUCCCAAGAAGAAGAAGAAGCAAAGACAAAGCAGCCCGGAAAGAGCGGCUGCAGAGGAUUCCAAGAAGAAGAAGAAGAAGCAAAGGCAAAGUAGAAAGGUUGCAGAGGAUCCCAAGAAGAAGAAGAAGCAAAGGCAAAGUAGCCCGGAGAGAAAGGCUACAGAAGAUCCCAAGAAGAAAGAAGCAAAGGCAAAGUAG